CGCGUCACGUGGUCGGAAGCGCGCAGGCUGUGGUUUAUCCCGGUGACCCACGUACCGCGUAUCUCUUCCAGCGGAGCGACAUGGAUUUUAUGACAGAUCAGGAUGUGCAAAAGUACGCGGAGGAUGGAUACGUGGUUCUGGAUGGGCUGCUGACCUCGCAGGAGUGCAAUGAACUCAGACAGAGGAUGGCAGAGAUUGUGGACCGGAUGGACGUCCCCGAAUACUGCCGCACCACCUUCUCCACCUACCACGACGAGCAGCUAGAAAAACAGAUGCAGGGAAAUGCUGACUAUUUCAUCACAAGCGGAGAUAAGAUCCGCUUCUUCUUUGAGAAAGGGGUUUUUGAUGACAAAGGGGAGUUUAUUGUACCAAAGCAGCGGUCGGUAAAUAAAGUUGGACAUGCGCUGCAUGCCUAUGAGCCUUUGUACAAAAAGGUUACACAUUCAGCCAAGGUCCAGGGCAUAGCCAAAAAGCUGGGUCUUGUAAGUCCUGUGGUUCUCCAAAGCAUGUUCAUUUUUAAGCAACCAGGCAUCGGUGGGGAAGUGACGCCACACCAAGAUGCCACAUUUCUGUACACGGAGCCUCUGGGCAGAGUUAUUGGGUUGUGGAUCGCCCUUGAAGAUGCUACUGUCCACAAUGGCUGCCUGUGGUUUAUCCCAGGAUCACACAAAAGCGGUGUCACUAGACGCAUGGUGCGCACGCCAAAGGGCACCUUUCCUCUGACGGACUUUAUCGGUAGAGAGCGGGAAUAUGAUGAAGAGAAGUUUGUUCCCACGCCAGUUAAAAAAGGUGGCGUCAUCUUGAUCCACGGGGAGGUGGCGCAUCGAAGUGCUGAAAACACCUCAGAGGAUUCUCGCCAUGUCUACGCUUUCCACAUUAUGGAAGCCCAGGAGACCCGCUGGAGCCCUGACAACUGGUUGCAGCCCACUGAAGACCUACCUUUCCCGCCUCUCUACACUUGAAGGAUUCUUUGGCACUGGGUGCUGCACAAGAUUCAAAGUUCCCAAAGAAUAACGGGAAAAGUGUUGCAAUUUUUGAUGGCUUUUUUAAAAAAAAUGGUAUUGCAAUAACUUACUGAAACCAAGAAUAGUCAUGCUUGCAAUAGUUUUUUUUCGUAAGGGUUUAAAUGAUCUUGUUAUACCAGAAAACAAAAGACUGAUUCAUUAGAAAUCAUUUAUCAAUAGUAGCUAAGUUUUAUGUAUGACCCAUGAUAUAGAGAAAAAUAGACACGCAAAAUAAGAAUUAUCCUGCACCACUGUGCUGCCUGCAAAAUAAAAUGAUUUUAAUCACAAGUAUAUCCUGCCUUCCCUACAAUUUGCACACUUCUAGUAUAGCUCUUCUGAGGCACAUUCAGUCUGAAGGCUUUACUACCAGUUUACCAUUCCUUGAAAUUGUGUACAUCUGGAAAAUAGGCUUUGAGAUACAUUUUUUUUUCCCUUGGUUAUUGGGUGUGUCAGAAGUGACACCCAGUCAGCCGAAACAUGUAUAUAAACCACAUCAAAUUAAUCUGUUGGGCUAUAGAUCAGCUGCUGUCUUUAAAGGUUUUCAGGCUGUUUAACACCAUCGGGACUUUCUUGCAUGCCAUAAGAAAACAUCUAAACAGCACUCUGAUUUUGCAGCAUACAGCACUGUAAUUAUAGUCAGACCUUCCGAAGUGUCUUAGUAACAUUGUAAUAAGUCUUUUAACUCACACAAUUAGUAUUUGGGCCAGCUUUCCCUCCUGGCUUUAAAUAGACUUUAUCAAUGUUACGCUUUUUCAGUCAAAACACUUCAAGCACACACACACACACACAUUCCUAGCAUUUUUUUAAUACUUCAAUAUACCUUGCACCCUGUACAGUGUUUUUCCUAUCCACAGUCUCACAUGCUGCUGAUUUGGCUGCAGAAGUGCUGUUUUCAUCCUGUAUUAUGAGUUUUUAAAUCUUUGGAUUUUUGUACCAUUUUAAUUUGAUCUUCCUUUGUAAACUAUAAUAAAAAAAAUGGUAAUGGAAGAAUUUAUUAGUUUUACAAGAAAAUAAUUGAAAGCAUGGCCAUCUUCUGGUUCCUUACUCACCUACAUUUGACUGUGUAGCCCUAUCCAGCAUUAUUUUAACAGAAAUGUCUUCAGUUAUUAAUUUUGGCUUUUACUUUUUCAACAAACUCAGAGUUGUUUUUAAAAGUGGCUGAAAAACUGACUGAAAUAAACAUUUUUAAACAUG